AUGAAUUCCUUGUUCCGUAUCGCCCCUCGUGUGCCCGUCACCGCUGCUGCUGCUACUCGACGAUUCUAUGCAACUGAAACGGCUGCUGCUUCGAAGCCCAAAGUGGGUGCUGUCCGUGGCGGUUUUGUUGGUUUCUUGUUAGGUGUCACUGUUGCUGGCAGCGUGGGCUACUAUUACCUCUUGGAAGAAUACAACAGCGCAUCCGAUUCCCUGUUGAGCUCGGUUCAAGAACUUCAAACCUCUACCGAAAAAGUCCGUGAAUAUGCUCGCAAGAUUGAGGCUGUGGAUAAGGAUGUUACCAAGCUCAAGGAACUUGCUGCUACCACCCAGCAACUCAAUGAUCUCAAGGCCGAAUUCCGUAAACUCUAUGAUACGCUCAAUAUGGAACACCUCGACCUUAAGUCGCAUGUCUGGGGACUCGAACAAGAUUUGAACAAGGCUCCUCAAUCAUCUAAAUGA